GUAAAAACAGCAUAAACAAACGUUCUCAAACGUUGUAUUCCAUUCUAAUUGGAAGAGUGGAAUGCUAGGAGUGGCGUACUUAAAAGAUUAGGUCGUUAGGAUCUCAGAUAUUUUGACAGGUUGCAGGUUGAGGGAUUUCAUUUCUCAGUUGCUCCAUGCUGCCAAGCCAUGUCUUUGAUAAGAUUUACCUUCAUUUUUGGGUUCGAUUUGUUUAAACCUUGUGCGUUUGGUGGGCAAAAUUAGUUGUGCGCAUAUAAUCAGCCGGGAUGAUUAGAUCUCCAUAGCUCAAUUGGUCCGUGUCUCUGUGGAGAAAGAAAUUUUGUUUCUUGGAAGCGUUUGACAUGUAUUGUUCCUAUCUAUCUCAUGCAGUUAUGGAUUAUGAAUCAUGAUUGAUAUUUGGUAUUCUAUUGAGCUUUGCUGGAAAGAAUGAUCUCUAAAUUAUGUACUCGCCUAUUGAAUAUAUGUGUAGCUUCUCUUUGCAAAGCCCAUCAAUUAGAGAAAGCUGAAGCAGUUUUAGUUGAUGGGAUACGGCUAGGUUAUCUUCCCAGUGUUGUUACUUACAAUACAUUGAUUGCGGCCUAUUGCCGAUUGGAUGGGUUUGAUGCAGGAUACUCUGUUAUACAUAGAAUGCAAGAAGCUGGGAUAAGACCAGAUGUUGUUACUUAUAAUUCCUUGAUUGCGGGUGCUGCCAGACAUCGUCUACUAUCACGAGCUCUGGAUAUGUUCGAAGAAAUGCUGCAGAGAGGUAUUCUUCCGGAUGUUUGCAGUUACAAUACUUUGAUGCAUGGCUUCUUUAAAUCUGGAAGGCCAGAGGAUGCCAGCGGCAUUUUCCGGGAUAUAAUCCAGGCCAAUCUAUCCCCUUCCCCGGCUACAUUUAACAUCAUGAUUAACGGCCUCUGCAAGGCUGGAUAUACUAGUAAUGCCCUUAGGUUGUUCAGGAACAUACAACGUCGUGGGUUUCUCCCUGAGCUGGUAACUUAUAAUAUACUCAUUGAUGGGCUUUGCAAAUCACGUAGGCUGGGGCAAGCGAGAAGGAUCCUUAAGGAGCUUGGGGAGUCGGGUCAUAUCCCAAAUGCCAUAACUUAUACUACAGUCAUGAAGUGUUGCUUCAGAUCUGGAAAGUUUGAAAAGGGGUUUGAGAUAUUCUCAGAGAUGAGAAGUAAAGGGUAUAACUUUGAUGCCUUCGCAUAUUGCACUGUAAUCAGUGCUUUAACCAAGAUGGGUAUGACGGAAGAGGCUAAUGCUUGCAUGUGGGAGAUGGCGGGAAGUGGGACUGGGCUUGAUAUAGUUUCCUACAAUGCUCUGAUUAAUUUGUAUUGCAAAGAAGGUAAGUUGGAAACUGCAUUUCAGUUGUUGGAUAAAAUAGAGAAAGGUGGGUUGGAAAGUGAUGAGUAUACCCACACAAUCCUGGUUAAUGGAUUAUGUAAGGCAGGUGACAUUGAUAGGGCCCUGCAGCACUUGAAGUAUAUGAAGAUGAGAGGUUUCCAAUCAGACUUGGUGGCCUACAAUUGCUUGAUUCAUGGGUUAUGUAAGGCAGGUCAGGUGGAUUAUGCGAUGAAGGUCUUUGAAGAGAUGGAGCUUAAGGAUUCUUUUACAUAUUCUUCCAUGGUGCAUGGUCUUUGCAAAGUAAGAAGGUUUCGUGUAGCAGCCAAGCUCAUCCUGUCUUGCAUUAGAGAAGAGAUGAAAGUACUCUCUGCUGACCAACGUGUCGUUCUUUGCGGGCUUCGCUCUUCAGGAUUUAAACAAGAAGCAAGGAAGCUCCGAUCAAAACUUUGGAUGGCUCAGGCUCUAGCCUACUGAUAUGUACCAUUGAAUAGUUGUUGGUGGAGGUGCUCGGGCUCCGAUCAAAACUCUAGAUGGCUUGGUGGCCUACAACUGCUUGAUUCAUGGAUUAUGUAAGGCAGGUCAGGUGGAUUAUGCGAUGGAGGUCUUUGAAGAAUGGAGCUUAUGGAUUUUUUAACAUAUUCUUCCAUGGUGCAUGAUCUUUGCGAAGUAAGAAGGUUUCAUGCAGCAACCAAGCUCAUCCUGUCUUGCAUAAGAGAAGAAAAGAAAGUACUCGCUGCGGACCAAUGGGUUGUUCUUUGCGGGCUUCGCUCUUCGAGACUUAAGCAAGAAGGGAGGAAAGCUCCGAUCAGAACUCUGGAUGGUUUGGGCUCUAGCAUACUGAGAUGCACUAUUGAAUAGUCAUUGGUGGAGGGGCAUUGGGACUGAAUUCUGAAUAAUAUAUUUGACUUGGAAACAGCCUCUCCUUUGAAGCCGAGGAUAAGGCUGUGUGCAUUUGCCCCUCCAAAACCCUGCAGUACCGAGAGCCUCGUGUGCUAGGUUGCUCUUGUUACAUGGAAGUUAUUCAGCAGUUUCUUAUGACUUAUGAGAUUAAACUCAUCUGAAAAGGUUUAUACUCAUACUCAUCUUGUGCAUUGCAGCAGUUGGUCAUGAUGAUAUUGUAUUGAUGGAAGCAUAUCUUGCGAGUCUGAGCAGACAAGGUUAUCUGAAUAGCCCCAAAAUCUUUCACAUAGCAUGUUAGAUGGGCCCAUAUUUUAUGGACUGGUAGACCGUAAGGUCCCUUGCCCAUCAUCCCAAUUUGAGUUGGCCAAGUGGCAAAAUAAAGCUUCGAAAAUCCAAGUCUACAAGAAAACUAGAGGAGGGAGCAUGCCAAUACGUAGAUGGCCGAAAAUAAAUGGGUGGGUGGACAUGCAUGUGAUGGUAUUUGAUUGGAUUUAAUUAUGGAAUUUGACACAUGGCCAGUCUAGUCAUUGCCCUUACUAUCCAGCAGUCCCGAACGGCCACAUCAUCUUGCCAUAUGGCAUAAUUAAGGGUGACAAUUUACCCUUUAUGGAUGUAUGUACAAGUGAGCUUGAUUGACAUGGAAGCCAAUGGUUGCUGGAGGUCUCAAACUCAGAGAUGACACAAAAUGAUCUUCAAAAACUAAACUUGGAUGAAAUGUAUCCUUUGAGGUGGAUGUCUCCAGUUGGAUGGAAAUUUUUUUGCCACUUAGACCCAUUUCUCUUAUUUUUGACAAGUGUUUGGUGUUGGCCGAGGACCACUGUGGACUUCCCUGCAUGAUCUUGCUUCUUGCCACACAGAAUUUGUCUAAAUAAUAUUUUCUUUUCCUCUCCAAUAUAUGAGAAAUAUAUUAUUUGGUCUUUGCAAGGAUCAAAUCUCCAUCAGUUUAAUGAAUUACCAUGAGUGCGGAGUUUAUCAUUUUGGUUGCUAAUCUUCUUAAUUUUAUCUCCUUAAUUAUCGGGCAACUUUUCCACUACAUAAUUUGAAAAAACAAACCUGGCAUUGACUCAGAGAAGGUACUGUUAUAAGUAAGACCCAGUUAGAUCACCAGUCUAAAUGAUGAUGCCUUAUAAUAUUCUGGCAUUCAAUCUGGUUUAUUCCUAGAUCCUGUUUUCUAUGAGAAAUCUGGCCAUUCAGUUAAAUCAGUUUGGUAGUUAGUUCAUGAUAAAGUUGGCCAGGUUGAAUGGACAGAUGUAGUUUGGGUUACUGGAAAUAUCCAAAAGCAGUCGUUCACAGCUUGAAGAUCUUAGGUGGAUGUGCUUCCAACAAAGGACCAGUUUUUACAGAGGCAGAUUGGUGUUGGUCCGGACCUUUUGUGUUUUCUGUUGGGGCUGUUCUAGUGAAUAAUUGGGGUUGCCUACAUGGAUCCAUGCAAAAAAAAAUAGGUAAAAUUGAGGUCCACACAAAAAUAUGGGGAAUGAAGAAAUGAAGAAAUGAGAGUAAGGGGAAACAGGCACGGCUCAGCAGGUCCGGAGAAUCUCAGCUAAAUGGGAUCGGCUACUUGGAUCCUUGCCCUCCAAUAGGCUCUAUCUGGGCAGAUCUAGAGAAUAGAGACCAUUUAUUCUUUGAGUGCCAAUUUACCUUGGCUAUAUGGGAGGGAUGGCUUAAAUUUGUGCUCCCAAAAAAUAGGAGACAAAUGCAAAGCCUCAUUGGGUGAUUCCAUUAGUACGAAUGGCAAAUUGGCAUAAUUUUUUUUUUUAUAGAUGCAAAUUGGCAUUUUGUUCUACCAUCCAUCGGUUAUCCCAGGAGCAUAAUUCUCAUCUGUUCAGGAUUAAAACAAGAACGAGGCCUCAGAUCCUAUCAGCCAUUAAGGAGGAUGUUUCGUUGAGGUGCAGUUCUCUUUCAUGUUCUGGUGUUUCAUACUCGAGGAAUAUCUUUCUUGAAGACAAAUGGGUACUGCAGAUAGCAUGGAUAUCCAAAGUUUUGAAAGCAUGCUUAUGGAUAUUCCCGCCUGGGGAGUGAGGAUGUAGUUGCACUGCACUGUGAUGGGUUUCUCUCUCUCUGGCUCAGGAUAAGGCAUCUUAUGAAGGUUUGGUUCGUGAUAUGGCAGGAGUUCCCUUAUUUUCCUAUGUCAGUUAAAUACACAGAGUUAUUUGCUUUAUCAAGAAGUUAGUUGUUAUGCCUGGAGAAAAAUAUUCAGAAGGUCUCUGUACAAUCUGUUUUGAAACUGGUUAUUGACUUCUUGAAGAAAAUUGUGAAAGGUCCAUGGACUGUGUAACAUUUGAAGAGUUUAAUCUUGCAUUUGGGAGAUAGGUAGCAUUGGACUACUUAUCAAGAUCGAAUUCGUAGCUGGCUAUUGACAUCUUGAAGAAAAUUGUGAAAGGUCCAUGGAUGGUGUAACAUUUGAAGAGUUUAAUCUUGCAUUUGGGAGAUAUGUUACAUUGGACUACUUAUCAACAUGUUUGCUUAUAUUAUUGGAGAAUCUUGGCAUUGUUACAGGCUGUACUGGUCUUGCCAUUCUAGUAAUCAUUUUGGUUUGACUGCAAUUGAGGGGAGCACAUUUUCUGUAUGGGUUCUGUCUGAUACAAGAUGGAUCCAUCAGAACGAACACUUCAAAAGAUUGCAGGGAGGAUCUCACGCGGUGAGGUGCGGCGAGGCUUCUCGUGACGACACAUGGCCAGUGGACGAUUGAACGGCUGAGCAUCGUCAACGGCAUCUUCAGCCCAUUUUGCGUUGCCUCAAUCCAAGCUCUCUUCCACUGCGACGAUAGACCAGCAAUGCUUGACCACCGACGAUCGGCUUUGUAAGACCUCAAUGGAGCAGCGACCAUCGGCUUUGUGAGACAUUUGGGAUUCUUCCAAAACUUCCUGCUGCUGCCGCUUGUUGUUCUCUGCUUGCUUAGGUGUAGGACCAGCAAUGGAUGGACAACCUCUGAUGUGUGGCUGUGAUAGUGGGAGGUGGUCAUUCGGACUUCCCAUACAAACAAAAACCCAGGGCAGUGCUUUUACAGAUGUCCAGUGAAUGGGUCACACCAUAAGGCUUUUCUAUGGAUUGAUCGGAAAAUGGGGAAUGAUUUGAGGACUGCUGACAUGGAAGCAUGUCAAUCAUAUGAAACUGUUAACCAGAGUGUGAUGUCAAAUUUUGCAGCCCCACCGCCAAGAUCUACCCCAAAAGUUCAUGACCAAGUCCUUGUGGAUCAGACAUUACUCAACCAUUACUAUGGAACGACUGUAUUCCUCUGCAUUUGGGUACUGAUGCUUUCCUGCUGUCUUUUAUGCAACUGCCGUGUAAAAAGAUUACUUAUUCUAUGUUGACAGACUUGUAUGAAUGUUUAGACUGCACCCAAAUGUAAGAAUUGAAUUAAAAUGUUAUUGCUCUAUGUUUAUUGGAAUUGCAAUUAUGUGAUGUUUGGAUCU